UUUACUGAGUUUUACAUAUGCAAAUGUGUUUUCACGGAUAAGUGGUGUAUUCACAGAUACACAACGGGGUUUUACAGAAGAGUUGUGAACAUAGUGAGGACGUGAUUAUCCAUUAGGCUACUUGAGGGAAACGAAGAAGAACCUAUAGAAAGCUAGAGGCGAGAUAAUUAAUACAAACGCUAGUGCAUACAAGUCAUGAAACAUUCAAAUCGUUUUCUUUCAUUAUAUUUAUCAAAUCACAAUGUAAACUACCGCUUGGAAAAUCUUUUCGAGAUGUUCGUGUUCUUUUCUGAAAUCCACGUGGGCCCCCGCAGGGUUUCCUUGGUUCAGACUGUGAACCCGUGAUCUUAUAGUCUAUGCCAUCGUAACAGUCAAACAUGAGCCCCUAUUGGUCAUCCUCACUUCCAUUACACUUUUAGGAUCACCGCACCACUUUGCGUCACUCUCCAGCGCUUUCGUGAUCGGACGCGCAUUCGUUCGCAUUCAUUCCACAACAGAGGAGCGAGUGGCCUCGAUCGGUUUACAGUUUCCAGAUGUCCCAUAUUGUUUUAUGGAACCAGUAGAUAUGAAACAUUUUGAAAAGAUUGACAAACUAUUGAAUUCUAUAGUGGACAGCCUAUUUGGGGAAAGAGAUGCUCGUAUGAGAGGAUGGCUCCUACUGGAUUCCUACACACCAACAUUCUUGCUCACCAUCACCUACCUCCUAACAAUCUACCUGGGAACAAAAUAUAUGAGAAACAGACCAGCAUACUCACUGAAACACAUUUUACUGCUGUACAACUUCUCUCUUACUAUUUUGUCUUUAUACAUGCUGGUUGAGUUGAUAUCAUCAGUCUGGUCUGCAGGUUAUCGUCUUCAGUGUCAGGGUCUGCAUGAAGCUGGUGAAGCAGAUAUCAGGGUAGCGAAAGUGCUGUGGUGGUACUACUUCUCCAAGCUGAUUGAAUUUCUGGACACCAUCUUCAUUGUGCUGAGGAAGAAAAACAACCAGAUCAGUUUCCUACAUGUGUAUCAUCAUGCCUCUAUGUUUAAUAUCUGGUGGUGUGUCCUCAACUGGAUACCCUGCGGACAGAGUUUCUUUGGGCCAACGCUAAACAGUUUCAUCCAUAUCCUCAUGUAUUCUUACUAUGGUUUGUCAACCAUUCCAUCCAUGCACAAAUAUCUGUGGUGGAAACGCUACCUCACACAGGCUCAGCUGGUUCAGUUUUUAUUAACUAUAACACACACGAUAAGUGCAUGGGUCGUUCCUUGUGGUUUCCCUCUGGGCUGUCUGAAAUUUCAAACCUUCUACAUGUUCACACUUGUUGCCCUGUUUGUCAACUUCUACAUGCAGACAUACAGAAAGAGGAAGCUGGAGGGUGACAGAAUUGCUGAGGUUGGAGAUCUUAAAAACAGUCAUUCUAAUGGCCUUUCAGCCUCUCUCAACGGAGAAAACUCGAAACAGAAGCUGAAAUGAUGCCACAAUAUGGAGCAAUAUAGAAUGCACUUCUCGAUUCACUUAUGCUGAAUACUAGCACAAUAGCAGCCAUAAUCAUCUGAUAAUCAAAAUGCAAUUUUAUAAAUUUGAAUAUAACUUUUUAACCAUUUUGUAUCUUUGUUUUGCAUAUGUUCCACUCUAGCCAAUAGAAAUGCUGUACAAUAAUUUUGUAGAAAAAUAUUUUUCAAACUCUUAUUCAAAAUAAACACCUCUGUUAUGGAGUACAGUAUCUACUUUAUUACACAUAUUUGGCAAUUCAUCUCUAAUGACAAGAAAACAUUCAGUAAUAUCCCCUAAAUCACUAUAACGAUUUAUUCUUCAACAAAGGAAGCCUUAGGCUACAAGUCUUAAUCUGAUAUAACCAUUCAGUGUGUAAUUGAAUGUACUGAUAUGUAGGAUCUUAUAUCAUAGCACUAUUAAUACACCUUUACCAAAUUUUCAUAAUCAGAUAUGGAUUGUUAGGUAAAAAUGUCAAGUCCAAUGAAAAAUUCUGUAUAAAAUAAAUUUGCAUGAUUGUUAAAAACCACAUGAAAAUGUUUGAUGAAUGCAUUUGUUUGUUGUUGAGGGUUGGAGCUAAACAUUGCAGGAAAGUGGAUCUCAAGGGUCAGAAUUGCCCACCCCUGAUAUAUUUCCCAUUUCAACAAGAGGAAAUAACCCAUUUGUUUAAACAGCCAGUUACCUUUAAAUCAAUGGCAUAGCCAUGAACCAGGAUUUGUUACAUCCUAUUGCAAGUCUUGGCAGGUGUUUUCAGCAAACAGACCAACUCAUCCUGCAGAUCCAAUAAAAUGCUUUAUAGAAUG